GAGGGUGUGACGGCGUCCUCAGGUCAGACCAGCACACAGACACCAGGACGGAUGAGUGUUUCCUCCACACGUGAAGGUGGAAAGUGUCUCUGUGUUGACCUGAAGUGAGUUCCGCAGGUGUGGGCUCUGCUAUGAAUCAGUGUGAGGACAGAGAGGAGGGAGCGCCUCCCUCUAAAACCAGUCUGUGUGGGGAACAUGGCAGCCAGACCAGAGCUCAGAGCCCCGAGAAGCAGAGACCAGACUCUGCUGGACCUGGACCUGGACCUGAGCCCAGCUGUGUGUCCUUCAAGAGUGACCAGUCCAUGGAGCCACCACUUGUUUUCAAAAGACAAGCUUCACAAGUGCCAGAGAUCUAUGGGAGACCUGGACCUGAACCUGGACCUGAACCCAGCUGUGUGUCCUUCAAGAGUGGCCAAUCAAAUGUUCGCCUCAUUGAUUUUAAAGGACAACAACCCUCUGCUACAAAGAGAGUCGACCAGGAGAGCUCAGAGGUUCCCAGUGGUCAGUCUGCCCAGCAGCAUCAAAUACACCUGGACUCCAUAUUUAUGCUGCUGGAGGAGAACAUUGUCACUUUUGUGAAGAACGAGCUGAAGAAGAUGCAGAAGGUUCUGAGUCCAGAUUACCCAGAAUGCUUAGAGAGUCAGAGGGAGGAUGAGGAGGUGUUGGACAGUGAGGGGGAAGAGCAGAGGAGGAGCAGCAGAGAGGCAUUUCUGAAGAUCACACUGCACUUCCUGAGGAGAAUGAAGCAGGAGGAGCUGGCUGACUGUCUGCAGAGCAGAAGUCAUUCUGGAGAUUGUCAGCGUAAACUUAAAUCUAACCUGAAGGAGAAGUUCCAGUGUGUGUUUGAGGGGAUCGCUAAAGCAGGAAACCCAACCCUUCUGAACCAGAUCUACACAGAGCUCUACAUCACAGAGGGAGGGACUGCAGAGGUCAAUGAUGAACAUGAGGUCAGACAGAUUGAAACAGCAUCCAGGAAACCAGACAGACCAGAAACAACAAUCAGAUGUGAAGACAUCUUUAAACCCUCACCUGGAAGAGAUGAACCAAUCAGAACGGUGAUGACAAAGGGAGUGGCUGGCAUCGGGAAAACAGUCCUAACACAGAAGUUCACUCUGGAUUGGACUGAAGACAAAGCCAACCAGGACAUACACUUUACAUUUCCAUUCACUUUCAGAGAGCUGAAUGUGCUGAAAGAGGAAAAGUUCAGCUUGGUGGAACUUGUUCAUCACUUCUUUACUGAAACCAAAGAAGCAGGAAUCUGCAGGUUUGAAGAGUUCCAGGUUUUGUUCAUCUUUGACGGUCUGGAUGAGUGUCGACUUGCUCUGGACUUCCAUAACACUAAAAUCCUGAGUGAUGCAACAAAGUCCACCUCAGUGGAUGUGUUGCUGAAUAACCUCAUCAUGGGGAACCUGCUUCCUUCUGCUCGCCUCUGGAUAACCACACGACCUGCAGCAGCCAAUCAGAUCCCUCCUGAGUGUGUUGACAUGGUGACAGAGGUCAGAGGGUUCACUGACCCACAGAAGGAGGAGUACUUCAGGAAGAGAUUCAGAGAUAAGAAGCAGGCCAACAGAAUCAUCUCUCACAUCAAGACCUCACGAAGCCUCCACAUCAUGUGCCACAUCCCAGUCUUCUGUUGGAUCACUGCUACAGUUCUGGAGGAUGUGUUGAAGACCAGAGAGGGAGGAGCGCUGCCCAAGACCCUGACUGAGAUGUACAUCCACUUCCUGGUGGUUCAGACCAAACUGAAGAACAUCAAGUAUGAUGGAGGAGCUGAGACAGAUCCACACUGGACUCCAGAGAGCAGGAAGAUGAUUGAGUCUCUGGGAAAACUGGCUUUUGAGCAACUGCAGAAAGGCAACCUGAUCUUCUACAAAUCAGACCUGACAGAGUGUGGCAUCGAUAUCACAGCAGCCUCAGUGUACUCAGGAGUGUUCACACAGAUCUUUAGAGAGGAGAGAGGGCUGUACCAGGACAAGGUGUUCUGCUUCGUCCAUCUGAGCAUUCAGGAGUUUCUGGCUGCUCUUCAUGUCCAUCUGAUGUUCAUCAGCUCUGGUGUCAAUCUGAUGGCAGAAGAACAACCAACGUCCUGGUGGUCUAAAACAAGAAAACACAAAUCUGGAGUGAAACAGUUGUACCAGAGUGCUGUGGACAAGGCCUUACAGAGUCCAAAUGGACACCUGGACUUGUUCCUCCGUUUCCUCCUGGGACUUUCACUGCAGACCAAUCAGACGCUCCUACAAGGCCUGCUGACACUGACAGGAAGUGUCUCAAAGACCAGUCAGGAAACAGUCGAGUACAUCAAGAAGAAAGUCAAAGAGACUCCCUCUGCAGAGAAAAGCAUCAAUCUGUUCCACUGUCUGAAUGAACUGAAUGAUCGUUCUCUAGUGGAGCAGAUCCGACAGUCCCUGAGUUCAGGAAGAAUCUCCACAGAUAAACUGUCUCCUGCUCAGUGGUCAGCUCUGGGCUUCAUCUUACUGUCAUCAGGAAAAGAUCUGGACGUGUUUGACCUGAAGAAAUACUCAGCUUCAGAGGAGGCUCUUCUGAGGCUCCUGCCAGUGGUCAAAGCCUCCAACAAAGCUCUACUGAGUGUCUGUAACCUCUCAGAAAGAAGCUGUGAAGCUCUGUCCUCGGUUCUCAGCUCCCAGUCCUCUAGUCUGAGAGAGCUGGACCUGAGUAACAACGACCUGCAGGAUUCAGGAGUGAAGCUGCUGACGGCUGGACUGGAGAGUCCACAUUGUAAACUGGAAACUCUCAGGCUGUCAGGCUGUCUGAUCACAGAGGAAGGCUGUGCUUCUCUGGCCUCAGCUCUGAGCUCCAACCCCUCCCAUCUGAGAGAGCUGGACCUGAGCUAUAAUCAUCCAGGAGACUCAGGAGUGAAGCUGCUGUCUGCUGGACUGGAGGAUCCACACUGGAGACUGGAAACUCUCAGGGUGGAGCCCGGUGGAGUCCGAUGGCUGAGACCAGGUCUGAGGAAGUAUUCCUGUGAACUCACACUCGACACAAACACAGUGAACAGAAAGAUCAAACUGUCUGACGACAACAGGAAGGCGACACGUGUGAAGGAGGAUCAGCCAUAUCCUGAUCAUCCAGACAGGUUUGACUGCUGGCCUCAGCUGCUGUGUAGAAAUGGUCUGACUGGUCGCUGUUACUGGGAGGUCGAGUGGAGAGACGGAGUUUAUAUCUCUUUGAGUUACAGAGGAAUCAGCAGGAGAGGAAACAGUGAAGACUGUUUGUUUGGAUGGAACGAUCAGUCCUGGAGACUGGAGUGCUCUGAUGGUCGUUACUCUGUCUGGCACAAUAAGAGAGAAAUCCAUCUCUCCUCCUCCUCCUCCUCCUCCUCCUCCUCCUCCUCCUCCUCCUCCUCUGUCUCUCACAUAGUAGCAGUGUAUGUGGACUGUCCUGCUGGCACUCUGUCCUUCUACAGAGUCUCCUCUGACACACUGAUCCACCUCCACACCUUCAACACCACAUUCACUGAACCUCUUUAUCCUGGCUUUGGGUUUGGGUUUGGGUUCUGGUCCAGGUUUGGUUCCUCAGUGUCUCUGUGUUCUCUGUAGGAGGGAGAGUCUCCUCCUGUUAGAGAAACACAUCAGUUGAGUCUGUACAGGAUCACAACUACAGAAAUCUUUCAGGUUAUUGUCAUAAAUUCAUCAAUGAACUCAAAGUGAUUUUCAAAGUUUCUCCAUCUAACAGCUGGAAAUAAAGCCCAACAUUUUCAUGCUCACGGUUGUUUUCUUGGAUUAACGACAUUUAAAAAGGAAGAAGUCACAUUUGGCAUCAUCAUGAAAACUGAGCUGAUCCUAAAGACUGUUAUUAUAUUUGGUCAAUUAUUUUCACUUUCCUUUCAUUUCUGAAGCUCAUGAAGAAGAAAAGAUUGUUAAAUAUGACCAUUAAUCUUCUCUCUGGAAACGUCUAGUAUUUAUUUCUGUAAUAUGGUUUUUGUAUGGCGUUGCCGGGGGAACCGCUGCCUUCAUCAACACUGAUCUAAGAAAAUAUGAAACCUGCUGAAAACAAAAAGGUUAGUUUGUAAUAUGAGACCACCAUAACAACCAGUCACAUUGAGUGUGUACCAUUAGUGUCGUCACGGUAACAGCAGCAGUGAUCGACAGGUUGUGGAAGUUGCUGAUGGUUGCCACAGCGAUGAAGGUGAUUUCAGGCUGUCAUGUGACCUCUGAAGCGAAGACAGGCUUUCCACUGUAAACUUGUUCCACUUCCAGUCCUUUAAAGAUGGCCGCUCUGAUCAUUAAAUGGUGGAAAUGCUGUUGACUUGUUCCUUCUGUCACGUGUUGUUUUGAAUUCUGGCUCUUGUUCCAAUAAAAGCAGAACGUUACUGUGA